AUGGUCAAUGCCCGUGGUUUUCAGUGGCUCGACGAGAACGAAGCCGAAUUCCCCGAUCGGUUGUGGGGUGUCGAAGAUGAGGCUCGUCCUUUGGCCGUUCAGAUCUGGGACAACCAGCCUGAUGUGAUGGCGAAAGUCGGCAGCCGCCUGGUCGAAGAGUUCCAGGUAAGCGUCGUCGACAUUAACUUCGGUUGCCCCGUCAAACAGGUCACCGAGAAAGCCCACAGCGGUUCCUAUCUGCUACGCGUUCCAGAGCGGAUGGGGCAGAUCAUCUCUCGAUUGGUCGAAGCAUGUGCCCCGACCCCUGUGACCGCCAAGAUUCGUCUGGGCUGUUCUAUGGAUGCGAUUAACGCCAACGAGAUCGCCCAGGUCGUCGAAGAGAGCGGCGCUGCGGCACUGACGGUUCACGGCCGUGUCGCCUCGCAGUACUUCAAGGGAGAAGCGGAUUGGGAGCGGAUCUCCGAGAUCAAAUCGCAUCUGAAAAAGAUUCCGCUGAUCGGCAACG